GUGUGUGUGCUUGUUGGUAAGAUAUGACAGAAAUUCAGAGUUUAGGGAACGCCUGAGACCAAACAGCUGUAGAGAGGAACCGACCAAAAGACACUGAAAUAACCAGCUGGAAGUCAACAUUUUAACAAAAAUAACAACCAAAAUCAGCAUAAUGAAGAGUUUUCUUCUGCUCCUCCUCUCACUGAUGACAGGCUCUGAGGCCUCAUUUAAAUUGAAAACAUGUGGAAAACGAUGGACUGAAUUCACCUGGAAUUGUACAAGCUCAGAUAGAAAUUAUGACUGCAUUGUUGUAGAUCGCCCAAUAGGAACACCCACACAAAGUAGUGAAAGUGAUGUGUGGCAAACCCAAGGCAAUGUUUCCUUUUGCAAUGAUACACGCAAGGAACAAAUCAAAAAGGUCAUCAAUCAACUUCGUGAACCAAAGAACUCGAGGGAGACUGAGUGUAAAUUCUGCCCAGAACAAACUUCUUCAUCUGAAGAGGACAAUCAACAAGAAGUGGGAGUUGAGGACAGCUGCCAGAAACCGUUUAUUCAAACUGCAUACAGAACAGCAAAAACCACCAUCAAAUGUGAUCAUUCAGAAAACCAAAACAAGGCUGGUGUCUUCUGCAAAGAGAACUAUGCAACCUAUGAGGAUAUUUUAUUUGCUCCAAAGUCAAACAGGAGAUUCAGUCUCACAGUAACCAGCAGUGGCUUCAGCAUGUCCAUCAGUAAAGUGUCCUCACAUGAUGCUGGGGUCUACUGGUGUGGAGUGGUGCAAAAUGAAGGACGAGCAGCACUCAGAAAAAUACGACUGAAGGUUGAAGGUAUCACUAACUUCACAAAGUCUGCAACUAGUGGACAGAAUUUCACAUACUGGUGUAAAUAUCCCGAUGGUUCUCCAGUAAGUAAAUUCAUCUGUAAGGGAGAAGAUCCAUCUAUCUGUGAACCUCUAGCAAACACCGGAAACACACACAACAACACACGGUUUGUCAUGAAGGACAACAAACUGAAGACAAACAGCACCAUAACAGUGAGAAACGUAAAGGCAGAUGACGCUGGGACGUACUGGUGUGGAGCAAAAAACACUGACGGAAAACAGAGCAACCCCUUCUAUCACAGAUUCAACAUGACUGUAGUUCCUCCAACUACAUCGACACCAUCAUCAUCAUUUCUGGACAGGGAUGGAGGCUUUUGGUUAAUUGUUAUCAUCGCAGCAACCGUCAGUGUAGCUGUGCUGCUGCUCACACUUAUUCUGAUUCUCCUCUGCAAACGAUUUAAACGCUCAAAAAACAUAAGAAAUGGUGAACCACAGAACAACAAAGAGGACGGUGCCUAUGAGGAGAUACAGGAGCGCGACUCAGGAACUGCACUUAAAACAAUUUAUGUCACUGCCGACCUUCCCUCAAAGCCCUCCUCUGCCUCACAUCAGUACUCCAACAUCACCUUUCAGAACAACUCAGGUGAAGUUAGAGAUGACUCGUAUUAUACUGUGAGGGGCAAAGACCAACAUCCCGCCUACUCAACUGUCAAUCACCCAACCAGGAUGUUUGAAGAUCCGUUCUAUUCCACUGUCAACAGUGUGAGGAGGCCACUUUGAAAGCACAGCUUUCAAAGCUACCAAUUACUUCACGCUAGAGGAAGUUGAACUACAGCAAAACUAUCUAAAUUGAAAACUAUGUAAGUGGACAAUGUGUAUGGACAUUGGUCAUAUCUAUACCAGUUCAGCAACCAGCUAUGCCUUUCGACAUCAACUCCCACCUGAAAAAAGUCCGUCAGAAUGAGAUCAUUAUCUCUGAGCAAUAUGCACUAACAUAAAUGACAGGUAUAGAUAAAA